AUGAACUCUCGGGUGCCUCGCUCACGCCGCUACGAUAUAUGGUCCAUGGGCUGCAUCAUAUUCGAGUACACGAUUUGGCUUCUAUAUGGCUAUGAAGAGGGACUGAGAAGCUUCUAUGACGAGGGGAAGGAUAUUAAUGCCUAUCGAGAAACAUUGUACUUUACAGGCGAUCUCAGCACAAGGAAAGCUCAAGUGAGUGACGCGGCGCGAAAAUGGAUUAGCCACAUCUUGGAAGUCGGCCCGGAAUGCAAUCGUGCUACUCCAAGCGUGAUCAAAGAUCUCGUCACGUUGGUGAAGGAUAAGCUUCUCGUUAUUGAUCUACCAAAGGAAAACAUGAGUCAGGACGGCAUCAAGCGAUGUCGUGCCAGUGCAGAUGACUUGGAAAAGGCCUUGCAAAAGAUUAAGAGAAUGGCCAUCGAGGAUGAACAUAAUGGAGGUAAAUACCUGUCUUCGGGUAAAAGUCGCAACGAAGCUUCCGCUCCUCGUCCGGAAAGGUUCUUCGAUAACAUUUGGAACCGGAUGGAAGAUAAAACUAUCUCGCUUGGAGUUCUGAAGCGUCACGAGACAGCGAUUAUGGACAGCAUAACUAGGUCCCAGGAAAUAGCAAAGCUAUGUGACAAAUGCAGCGAACUUGACUAUCAGAGCGAGGAGCCCGUAUUGAGGGAGACUCUGGCGACUAUGAGAUCCAAGAUUCAGCGGUGUGCACUACACAGUCCUAUUUACCGUUCUAUUCCCCUAACUGCUUAUGACGACCUGGAGGUUGUGCAUAUCCGGAGAUCUGACUCCUCACUUGUCAUGGACAAAUCGAAAAUACCCUUACUCUCUCUUUCUAAAACUUCAGCAGAUAAGUCAAAGAAGAACUAUCUAUACUCUGAUGAUAUCCACUUUGGACUACCUAAGCUUUUUGAACCCAACACUGUCCCGUACUACGACCUUCUCAUGACAUGGCUUCAAGAUUGUGACUUUUAUCAUGCCGAAUGUCAUCCCAUAGACAGAUCAAGUGUUCAAGUCCCAACUCGCCUGAUUGACAUUGGUCUGGCGGAUGGUAGAAGCUCGAAGGUUUACCUUCGCGAGGCAGUGAACGCCGUAUGCCCCGAGAGAGGUGAGUUGAGAUACAUCGCACUAUCACAUCCUUGGGGCAAUGGGAAAGAGCACGACCCCUUCUGCACCACGAAAAACAACCUUAACAGUCGACUAAGUGCCGGUAUUGAUAUUAAGGAUUUCCCGAACACAUUCAGACAUGCAAUCGAGGUGACUCGAGCACUUGGUGUCUCGUACAUCUGGAUCGAUUCGUUAUGUAUAGUGCAGGGACCUGAUGGGGACUUCGACACUGAAGCCAAAGAAAUUGAGGCCGUCUUCAGCUCGGCAUAUUGCGUCAUUGCCGCAAGUUGCGCCAACGGAACAUCACGUGGCUUUUUGUGGGAAAGGCCUCAACGCGAAGUAGUGAGACUGGAUGGGUACCUUUCCCAUGAUCCAGUUUAUGUCUAUGAAGCAAUUGAUGACUUUCAGCAUGAUGUGAUUGAGGGGUCGCUGAAGAAACGUGGAUGGGUCCUGCAAGAGCGUGCUCUUGCACCAAGGACCAUAUAUUUCACAGAGAAUCAGACGUAUUGGGAGUGCGGGCAAGGCGUGCGCUGUGAUACGUUGACAAGGUUGACCAAGGAAGUUGCAAGCGAACUCUCUAUAACCUUCAAUGCUUACCUUGGCCUUGUAGCAGCCAGGCCUCAUACCUUGGGGAUCCCAGCUUUCCCAAGUUAG